UUCAUCCAGAGCGCUAAAGAUCUGAAGGCAGCAGGAGUGGAAAAGAUUCUGUGUGUCUCUGUGAACAAGCCAUCUGUGGUCGAUCAGUGGUUGAAAGAGAAGGGGGCGGACGGCAUUGUCCAGGGUGUGGCCGAUGACACUGGGGCCUUCACCAGGAUGCUGGGGGUCAAUGUCAGUGACCCUGAACGGCCUCAGUUGCGCUGCCAGAGGUGA